AUGGCUGACCCAAAGAGCAUCAUGUCUCCCGUGGCCACGAACCUCAACCCACCAAAGAACGACCCUAUCUCGCUCGCAGACCUAGCAAAAUCAGACGGCUCUGAUCCCAGCCGUCCUAUCCUCGUUGCCAUCAAGGGAGACGUCUUCGAUGUCUCUGGAAACUCGGCAUAUGCUAAGGGAGGGAACUAUAACGUAUUUGCUGGCAAGGAUUCCUCCAGAGCCCUCGCAAAGUCUUCCCUGAAGCCAGAGGACUGUGUUCCCCAGUGGAGUGAUCUGGGAGACAAGGAAAAGGGCGUCCUAGAAGACUGGCACAAGUUCUUCAGCAAGAGAUAUAACAUCGUAGGAAAGGUUGCGGGAGCAACUAACCUAUAG